UAUAAUGCAUGUUCUACUUCCUGAAGUCACCGGCAAGUUUUGUUUUGGGAGAUUUUGUUUCUUUGAGUCUACACUUGUUCUUUUUUUUGAUUGGCAAAUGCGUCAAUAAUAAUUGUGCACGGACACCAGGAGACUAUCGACCCCCGUCGAAACAAAAUCUAAAACAUGGCGGAACCAAACCAAAGGCCUCAACGUAAGAUGUCCACCGCAGGUGACAGUCUAUACAAUAUACUAGGACUGGAGAAGGGGGCAUCCGCAGAAGAAAUAAAGAAGGCAUACAGGAAACUAGCACUGAGGCAUCAUCCUGACAAGAACCCAGACAACCCCGAGGCAGCUGAGAAGUUUAAGGAGAUCAACAAUGCCAACUCCAUCCUCAACGACGAGACCAAGAGGAAGGUCUACGAUGAGUACGGCUCCAUGGGCCUCUAUGUGGCCGAGCAGUUUGGAGACGAGAGCGUUAAAUAUUACUUCCUCAUUCACAAGUGCUGGUUUAAGACCCUGAUGGUGUGCUGUGGGAUCUUCACCCUCUGCUGCUGCUGUUGCUGCUGCUUUUUCUGCUGUGGCAGGUGCAAGCCACUGGAGGGGGAGCACGGAUACGUAGACCCAGACGACCUGGAGGCUCAGAUCAGAGCUGAGCAGGACAGGGGGGAACACGAACCCAUUGUGAUCCAGCCUCAUGCUGCUGCUAAUGAGAAGACCGAGUUCGACCACGAGCAAUCUGAAGCCAAACCACUCUGACCCUAUACUCACCACAGCGGACCAGUAAAAACCUGUCAGCAAGACGUCUUCCCAUAGCUUGGUCCCAGAUCUGUUUGUGCUGUCUUGCCAACUUGUCUGCACAAACUGAUAUGGGACCAGGCUAGUCUGCCCACUCUGGUUACUCCCAACUAGGGUUGCAAAAUUCUGGUAACUUUCCCAAAAUUCACAGGUUUUCCCGAAAUAAGGAGGGAAUAAGCAGGAAAUCUGGAAUCCUCCAUCCAGGAUUUCUGGAAAAACAGCGAACAUUACUGUGAUCAGUUUCUGUGGUUCGUUUUUUAAUCAGUGGCUGGUGCUUAAAUCAUGCAGUCGACCCACCGUACUAUAUGUGGCCAAAGCCUUAUAUUUGGAUAUAUAUCUUUUUAUGUCUCAAUAUAAGGGUCUGUAUGUGGCUCAUUUUAAUUAUAAAUUGGGGUCUGUGUUUACAAGAAUCAUACAUUCUUAUGAUUGUGCCAACUGCCAAGUUGACCUUAAUGCUGAGGGGAUCUUUCUUUGUAGAUUGAAAAAUGUAGCAUUUUUUAAUAGUACAGAACAAUAUGUGCAGAGUAAUGGCUUCUAUGUAUGCUCAAUGGCGAGUGUAGGGAGGGUGUUUGAAUAGAAACUGAUGUGCCUCCCAAAUGACACCAUAUUCCCUAUGUGUAAUGCACUACUUUUGACCAGAGCUAUGUAGUGCACUACUUUUGACCAGGACCCAUAGGUCUCUGGUCCAAAGUAGUGCACUAUAUAGGGAACAGGAAGCUAUUUGUGAAAGAAGGGAAAGCGCAGCCUGAGUCUGAAGUUGUAAAUUAAUGUGCACUUUAAACGUCUUGUGGGUCGUUCAACAAAAUGUGUCAAUUUUGGGUAGGGUAACUUGGCAAAAACGUUCACGUAAUUCUGUCAUAAAGAGCACAUGUUCAACUUUAAUAAAAAACACAUUUUACCAUUGAGGUUAAAUGGGUUAAAAUCUUCUUAGAAGUCACAGAGGGUGCACAAAGGAACAUACCAAAAUGCUGAAUCUUUGCACUUUAUUAAUAUUAAAGUCUUUAUUAAUAUGAAUAAUCAGCUGUAUUGAAAGUUGUGGUCUACAUUAAAUGGCACUUUUUUUUUGUAAAUAUUGGUGCACAAUUUCUACUUUAAAUAUUUAAGGAAUGCAAAAGGGACUCAUUUUGUGGAACGACCCUUCUAAGCAUAAUGAUCCAGUUAUAAUAAGGGCCGCUGUGGACUGUCACGACCCCUUGUGUGGGAGCCAAUCGCUGCAGCUUCAACCUAUGAACCAAUGUGAAGAGACGCCAAAAGUUUAAAUGUGUUUAUAUGUUUGUUUUAGGCAAUAUUUUUGUGCUGUCAAGCUUUAUUUUCAAUUUUCCGAAGCUUAUGAUUCCAUACAUGUGCUCACUCUUCAUUUUCUCAUAUGCCUCUCUUAUACCUCCCUCUCAAAACAAUGGAAUAAUAUUGGAGUUCUUGUCAUUUAAAAAUGUCUUCCUGACCCAUAUGACUUCCCAUUUCUUCUGAUGUCUGUCCUCUUCUGUGAUCUGGAGUCAGUGUCAAAUUCUGUUUCUGUGCAGUAUAUAUUUUAUAUGGAGCACUUCCUGAGCACACCUGCUCAAAUUUUUAAACACUUGGGACACCAAAUAAUGCCAUUUGUUGAAAGCCAUUGUCUCACAUACCAGCAAUUCUCAGAUUUUAAAGUGGGUUUCUUUUGUAGUUCAGCAGUAUCACAUUCAGUGAAAACUGAAGAAAAAAUAUAUAUAAUGCAGUUUAAACAUUGCUGUGAUUAUUUGUCCAUUGACUUUAAUUUCUCCCUGAGGAUUUAACUGUGGUGGCCUUGUGUCAAAUGCUGUUGAUGUGAUAUUUAAUCCAUAGCUCUUUAAUUUCCCCAACCUAAUAUGCAGGAUUCCUCAAAGGCUUUAUUUUUGAAUUAAUGUGUUACUAACAUUCACCUUUAAUAAAAAUGUUUCCUUUUUGUUUUGA